ACAGCAAUGGCGGACACAACGAAGCCGAGUGGGAACCGUACUGCUCCCAGUGAAUCCGGUGAAAUGUUCCGGUACACGGACUGCAUGCGUGUGUUACUGACGCUGCUAGCAGACUUCGGGAAAGAGCUCAAAUUAGGUGACGCUGCUUUGAGAAUAGAAGUCAACACUGAGGCUGUGAAUCCUCCAUCUUCAGCUGCUAACGUUUACAGCUGUUUGCAGGAGCAUAUCACUAAAUUACAGUCUGUUUCAGAAAGCUUAAAGACACUGGUGGAUGCUGAACGCAAGCAAUCAUCUACCAUGGACAGCACGUCAAAUGAUGCGGCCACCUCAUCUUCACUCAUGGAGCAGACGACUGCACUGUCUGAGCACCAUCCUUCCACCUCAGGGGCUACAGAAAACAAGACAGCGGCUGAUGACAUCAUGGUCCAGAUCAGAGCUGGGAAGUCAGAGAUUGAGCGAAGAAUAUCUGCAUUUAUGGAACGCAAGCAGAUGGAGAUCAAUGAAAACAAUGUGCGCGAGUUUUGCAACGUGAUCGACUGCAAUCAGGAAAAUAGCUGUGCCAGAACAGAUGCCGUCUUCACUCCUUAUCCAGGAUUUAAAAGUCACGUGAAAGUUACACGGGUGGUAAACACUUAUGGGCCCCAGACUCGUGGUGGGGGAAGCCAAGGAGAGGCAGGAGAGCAGCACAGGGGGCCAAUGGCAAGACACUGUGGAAAUGCAGCCACAGAAGAACGACUAGACAACAUCGAGACUCACCUGAAACUCCCAGCAGCCGGCCCUGUCCCAUUGAGUGUCUACCAGAGACUGAGGAAGCUGGAGGAUCGUAUCCUGGAGCUGGAGGGACUCUCACCCGAGUACUUUCAGUCCACGAGUCACCUGCACAAGCGACCAAAGAGAUCCCCUGCUCAGGACUGCAGCUUGACAGAGCUGAAUGAGAAGAUCAAUGCAGUGAAAGCAGCGCUGCUGAAGAGGGUGAAUGAAUUUGGGCCUGGAUAUGGAACAGACUGUCCACUGUAACAAACACAGACCAGUGCUCCAAACACAAUUCAUUUGUUAAUGCAUUCGACGAGUUUCCUCUAAUUUCUUUUUCUAAUCCUUAGUGACUCAUUGGGAUCUUAACAACCAUCUGUGAGAUUAAAAACACAAACACCUUUUUUCAUGUGCCUCGUUUUUGUGGCCAUCUUUGAAAAUCAGAAAAAUAGUUCCACUAAAGAGUUUUGUAGUUAUGUGCAAUGUAAUUGCAGUGUAAAUAAAGGUAUUUUUUCCUCCAUGAAAACUUUAUAAUUUAAUCAUGACUUUAAUACAUUAACUGGUAAAUGUGAUGUGUAAUUUGAUUGCAGUCAGUCAUUCCUUUAUUGGUAGAAACUAAUGAUUACUAACUAAUGAUUUUCAUUACUGACUAUUGAUCCUUUAGCCUAUAAAACGUCAGAAUAGUGCAAAGCCUAUGGCGACAUCUUCUAACGCCUUGUCUAAUUUGACCAGCAGUUUAAAACAUGAACACAAAUAUGUCCAGUCAAAUAUAAUACCAUAAUUUCUACAUUUGAAGAGCUGCAGUCAGUGCAUUUUUUAAAAAUGAUUUAAUAAUUUAGAUGAUUAAUCAAUUACCAAGUUUUUAAAUUAAUGAAUUUUCUAACCGACACACCAUUUCAAUUGUAAUAAAACAAUCUGAACUACACCUUUAAAAGAACAGGAAAUACAUUUGAUUCACAAUUACUUAUCAUGGAUGUAAGAUUUUUAUUUUUAAUGUUUAAUGCUGUGAAGGUGUGUGUGUGUGUGUGUGUGUGUGUGUGUAAUUGAGAAGAAUCAGAGAGAGCACCUUAUUUAUCUGCCUGACUGCUGUGUGACGAUGAUCACCCCUAAUGGUUGUCAUUAUAACAAAUGACCUGAUUACUGCAUCUCUGUUUGGAAAACACAUUGGAGACCCAACAAACCAGCAUUAAAUGGGACGCUGCUGCGUUUGACACUGACAUGUUUAUGAAAAGGUAGAGCUUUAACUGAGCAAGCGGCUGAAGCAAUAAUUACAUACAUUUUUUUUUCAGUGAUGAGUAAACCAGGAGGACUAUUGUAUUAUAUUGGAACUGCAGUGAAGGGUUAUUUGACGGAGGUUUUUAUUUCUAGGGUAUCUACAGUGGAGGAAGUAUCAGACUCUUUACUCAAAACAAAAGUAACAUACAGUUGGUUUAGUCCGGUGAUUCCAAACCUAGGGAUUAGGCCCCUCCAAAUAAAUCUGGGGGACAUGAUUGAUGGAGUCUAAUUAGUUUACCAUUUUUUGUAUUUGUGUAUUUUGUUGUCCUAUAUGUAUUUCAUUAUUGAGCUUUAUGCAUUUCAAAGGCCCUUCUAGUGACCUGUAUUUCAAAUUAGCAGAGGCUAUUUAGGCUGCG